UCGGCCCGCAGAGAAGCACUUCCUCGGCGCCAGCCAAUGGAAAGGCGGCGGCGCGACGGAGAGGCGGGGCGGCGCGGGCGGCGCAGUCACAUGACGGCGCGCGGCGCUGCGGGGUGUUGCUGCUGGGGGCGGCUCGUGGCAGCGGCGCGACCAUGCCAACAACACAGCAGUCUCCUCAGGAUGAACAGGAAAAACUCCUGGAUGAAGCCAUACAGGCUGUGAAGGUGCAGUCUUUCCAAAUGAAGAGAUGCUUGGACAAAAACAAGCUCAUGGAUGCUUUGAAACAUGCGUCCAACAAGCUUGGUGAGCUGCGGACUUCUAUGUUAUCUCCUAAGAGCUAUUAUGAGCUCUACAUGGCAAUUUCUGAUGAGCUACACUACUUGGAAGUCUACCUGACAGAUGAAUUUGCCAAAGGAAGGAAAGUGGCAGACCUUUAUGAGCUAGUACAGUAUGCUGGAAAUAUUAUUCCAAGACUGUACCUCCUAAUAACAGUAGGUGUUGUAUAUGUCAAGUCAUUUCCGCAGUCCAGGAAAGAUAUUUUGAAAGACCUGGUGGAGAUGUGCCGUGGAGUACAGCAUCCUCUUAGAGGCCUCUUUCUUCGCAACUAUCUUCUGCAGUGUACCAGGAAUAUUUUACCAGAUGAAGGCGAGCAAGCAGAUGAAGAAACCACUGGAGACAUCAGUGAUUCUAUGGACUUCGUGCUGCUGAACUUUGCUGAGAUGAACAAACUUUGGGUGCGAAUGCAACACCAGGGCCAUAGUAGGGACAGAGAGAAGAGAGAGCGGGAAAGGCAGGAACUGAGAAUCCUAGUAGGAACCAACCUUGUUCGCCUCAGUCAGCUGGAAGGUGUUAAUGUGGAACGAUAUAAGCAGAUUGUUCUGCCUGGAAUAUUGGAGCAGGUUGUAAACUGUAGAGAUGCUUUAGCUCAGGAGUACCUCAUGGAGUGUAUCAUACAGGUUUUCCCAGAUGAAUUUCAUCUCCAAACCUUGAACCCAUUUCUCAGAGCUUGUGCUGAGCUGCACCAAAAUGUUAAUGUGAAAAAUAUAAUAAUUGCUUUAAUUGACAGGUUAGCUUUAUUUGCGCAUCGUGAAGAUGGACCUGGUAUCCCAGCAGAUAUCAAACUGUUUGACAUCUUUUCACAGCAGGUUGCUACUGUUAUACAGUCUCGUCAAGACAUGCCCUCAGAGGAUGUGGUAUCUUUGCAAGUUUCUCUCAUUAACUUAGCUAUGAAAUGCUACCCAGACCGUGUUGACUAUGUUGAUAAGGUGUUGGAGACAACUGUAGAAAUAUUCAAUAAACUUAAUCUGGAACAUAUUGCAACAAGCAGUGCUGUUUCAAAGGAGCUGACCAGACUUCUCAAAAUUCCUGUUGAUACUUACAACAAUAUCUUGACAGUUUUGAGACUAAAACAUUUCCACCCCCUUUUUGAGUACUUUGACUACGAGUCCAGGAAGAGCAUGAGUUGUUACGUGCUUAGCAAUGUGUUGGAUUAUAACACAGAAAUUGUGUCCCAAGAACAGGUUGAUGCUAUCAUGAAUUUGGUAUCCACGCUGAUCCAGGAUCAGCCAGAUCAACCUGCUGAAGAUCCUGACCCUGAGGACUUUGCUGAUGAGCAGAGUCUUGUGGGAAGAUUUAUUCAUCUUUUACGUUCAGAUGACCCUGACCAGCAGUAUAAGAUCUUAAACACUGCUCGAAAACACUUUGGUGCAGGUGGGAAUCAACGUAUUCGUUUUACGCUGCCACCAUUGGUUUUUGCAGCAUACCAGCUUGCUUUUCGCUACAAGGAGAACUCCAAAGUGGAUGACAAAUGGGAGAAGAAGUGCCAGAAAAUCUUCUCAUUUGCUCAUCAGACCAUCAGUGCUUUGAUCAAAGCAGAGCUGGCAGAGCUGCCUCUUCGUCUUUUUCUGCAAGGAGCAUUGGCUGCGGGUGAGAUUGGCUUUGAGAAUCAUGAAACUGUGGCCUAUGAAUUCAUGUCCCAGGCCUUCUCUCUGUAUGAAGACGAAAUUAGUGAUUCAAAGGCACAGCUGGCUGCAAUCACAUUGAUAAUUGGGACAUUUGAGAGGAUGAAGUGCUUCAGUGAGGAGAACCAUGAGCCUCUGAGGACUCAGUGUGCAUUGGCAGCCUCUAAGCUCCUUAAGAAACCAGACCAGUGCCGGGCUGUGAGUACUUGUGCCCAUCUGUUCUGGUCUGGCCGAAACACUGACAAGAAUGGAGAGGAGCUUCAUGGAGGAAAGAGAGUGAUGGAGUGCCUGAAGAAGGCUUUAAAGAUAGCAAAUCAGUGCAUGGACCCUUCUCUGCAAGUCCAACUUUUCAUAGAAAUUCUGAAUAGAUACAUCUAUUUUUACGAAAAGGAAAAUGAGGCAGUGACAAUUCAAGUUUUGAAUCAACUCAUACAAAAGAUAAGAGAAGAUCUUCCAAACCUUGAAUCUACUGAAGAAACAGAACAAAUUAACAAACACUUUCACAACACACUGGAGCACUUGCGUCUGAGGAGGGAAUCACCAGAAUCUGAGGGGCCAAUUUAUGAAGGUCUUGUUCUUUAAAGAAGAUACGCACUGUACUUAUUUCUUUUCAUUUACAUACCGUAUGUUUUUUUUAAGAUAGAUUCAUAGAUUGUGCCUUUCAGAAGUGUCAAGUUAACAUUCAUGUGCUCAGUCUGGCACUUGAAACACUUGUGUUAAGUACUCUAACAAAUUUGAAAGGUUGGACCAGCAAGUACAGGUUUCAUCAGUUAGCAUGACUGAAUCUUUCUUUGGAAUCUAUGUGACAUGGUAGGGCUCUUCUGUUUUUGACUUCUCUUGUCUGUUUGCUGUUGCUUCUGUGACACUAGAGUUCUAAACUGGCAGUGACUGUCAUCUGAAACUGUGACUGAUCCUUACAGAGCAUCAGACUUUUGGGAUUAUUGUAUGUCAGGUUCUGCUUGUGCUUUUCUUUUAAUGCAAGUUAAGACUAAGUGUAAUGUUUUUCCCUAAAAACUAGAAUAUAUUAAUGCAUGUUUGGAGAGUUUUAAAAUACCAUGUUCAAAAACAGAAGUUAUAUUUUGCAUAUUAAGGCUCUGUGACAUUCAGUGAGAGCCCGUUCAGUGCACAGGGCGUAUUUAUCAAGAUAAUUUUGUUCCAAAUAGUAUAAAAUAGAGAAAUUGCAAUCUAUAUAGAUAUGUAUAACCUUCAUUACUGUAAAUUUAGGGGAAAAUGCAUUACACAAGUUUAUUCAGUAUCAUGAUUUUUGCACCAGUGAAACAAUAAAAUUGCUAUUAACACCUGU